AUGUGGGAUGCAAAAAAUUAAUAAUGCUAAUAAUUGACCUACCUAUGUCCUAUCUUAAUUAAUCUACUUAGUACUAAUUGUGUUGAUGGAAUAAUUCACUAGGACCACAAGGAGCUUGUGAAAAUGCUUAUUCAACCUUAUAAACUUCUUAAUUCUGCCUUAAUAGUACUGGUAACACUUUUAGAUGGAGUGCCAACAAUGAAUCUGCAGGAAUGUGUGUGUCAUGUGGUACUAUUUAAUUUCCAUUGUAAAUACCAUCUUCAUGAAAAGUAUCAUGCAACUCAUAGAGUCUAAAUCAAACUUACAAAUCUCUAUGUAAAUGUAAAGAAUUAUCCUAAUGAGAAUGUUUAUUGGCUUCUCCUUAGUAUUCAUACAAGUCAACUAUUUCUGCUUGUAUACAGCUUCUGUCAAUUGAACAUAAUUUGUUGCUGAUACAAUCUCAGGAAGCUUUUGUAAAUGUUAUGUAGCAGAAGAAUGCAGCAAAUUAUUAAAUGGAGCUAUAUGCAAUAAUUAUUAUAAUAAAGUUGUGGCUGGUUAUUGUGUUUGGGAUGAUAUUAGUGUUAAACUAUGAACAAUUGCAAAUAGAUUAUUGA